UGCUCCCUCUCGCCGCCUGUGGGGAAGUCGGGGGCGCCCCAGCGGCCACCGUCACCUCCUCGUCCCAACCUCAUUCCCUAACCCCUCCUGACCCAGUCCCUCAGCCCGCGCACCCCUGAGUAGUGAGUGACCCCGCGUGGGGCCGGUGGGGCCGGAGAAUCACCGCGGCGGCGCCGGGUGGUGUUCAAACCAUGUUAAGGAGGAUUUUGCAGAGGACUCCUGGGAGAGUUGGCUCUCAAGGUUCUGAUUUAGAUUCAUCAGGAACGCCUGUAAACACAGUGGAUGUCAAUAAUGAAAGCUCUUCAGAGGGCUUCAUAUGUCCUCAGUGUAUGAAAUCUCUUGGAUCUGCUGAUGAACUUUUCAAACACUAUGAGGCUGUUCAUGAUGCUGGUAAUGAUUCAAGUCAUGGAGGAGAGGCUAACCUUUCUCUGAAGCGAGAUGAUAUUACGCUACUCAGACAAGAAGUCCAAGACCUACAGGCUUCAUUGAAGGAAGAAAAAUGGUACUCAGAUGAAUUAAAGAAAGAACUAGAAAAAUUUCAACGGUUGCAGCAGCAAGAGUCUAAACCUGAUGGAUUGGUGGCUGAUUCAUCAUCAGAGCUACAAUCUUUGGAACAACAAUUAGAAGAAGCCCAAACAGAAAAUUUUAAUAUUAAGCAAAUGAAAGACUUAUUUGAGCAGAAAGCAGCCCAACUUGCUACUGAAAUUGCAGAUAUAAAGUCAAAAUAUGAUGAAGAAAGGAGUCUUCGAGAAGCUGCUGAACAAAGAGUGACACAUCUGACAGAAGAAUUGAACAGAGAGGCUACUAUAAUUCAAGAUCUGAAGACUGAACUGCUUCAGAGACCUGGUAUAGAAGAUGUGGCUGUGCUGAAGAGGGAGCUGGUCCAAGUUCAAACAUUAAUGGACAACAUGACUUUGGAACGGGAGAGAGAAUCUGAAAAACUGAAAGAUGAGUGCAAAAAGUUACUAGCUGAAAAUGCUAACUCAGAGGCCACAAUAAGCCAGCUUAGGAGUGAACUUGCCAAAGGUCCCCAGGAAGUUGCUGUAUAUGUGCAAGAACUACAAAAACUUAAAAGUUUAGUUAACGAAUUAACACAAAAAAAUCAGAAUUUGACUGAAAAAUUACUGAAGAAGGAACUUGAGUAUACACAGUUAGAGGAGAAACAUAAUGAAGAAACUGUGAGUAAAAAGAAUAUACAGGCAACCCUUCAUCAAAAAGACCUAGAUUGUCAACAGCUUCAAUCAAGAUUAUCAGCAUCUGAAACUUCAUUACAGAGGAUACAGGCAGAACUAAGUGAAAAAGGAGAAGCUACUCAAAAACUCAAAGAAGAAUUAUCAGAAGUAGAGGCCAAGUACCAGCAUCUUAAGACAGAAUUUAAACAGCUACAGCAGCAGAAAGAAGAAAAGGAGCAGCAAGGGUUACAACUCCAAAGUGAAAUUAAUCAAUUACACAGCAAACUUUUGGAGACGGAGCGCCAAUUAGGGGAAGCUCAUGGUAGGCUGAAGGAGCAGAGACAGCUUUCAAGUGAAAAACUCAUGGAUAAAGAACAACAAGUGGCUGAUCUACAACUCAAACUUUCUCGUUUAGAAGAACAGUUGAAGGAAAAAGUAACAAGUUCCACAGAAUUGCAACAUCAGUUAGAUAAAACAAAGCAACAACAUCAAGAACAACAAGCUCUUCAACAAAGCACUACAGCAAAACUUCGAGAAGCUCAGAAUGAUUUGGAACAAGUGCUACGUCAAAUUGGUGAUAAAGACCAAAAAAUCCAGAAUCUUGAAGCCUUACUUCAGAAGAGUAAAGAGAAUAUUUCCUUACUAGAAAAAGAAAGAGAAGAUCUUUAUGCAAAAAUUCAGGCUGGUGAAGGAGAGACUGCUGUUCUUAACCAGUUGCAAGAGAAAAACCAUACAUUACAGGAACAAGUAACUCAGCUAACAGAAAAGCUGAAGAAUCAGUCAGAAAGCCACAAACAAGCCCAGGAAAAUUUGCAUGACCAGGUGCAGGAGCAGAAGACCCAUCUUAGAGCUGCGCAAGACCGUGUCCUUUCCCUCGAAACCAGUGUCAAUGAAUUAAAUAGUCAACUCAAUGAAAGUAAGGAGAAGGUCUCCCAGCUUGACAUACAGAUUAAAGCCAAAACUGAAUUAUUGCUAUCAGCAGAAGCAGCAAAAACUGCUCAAAGAGCAGAUCUUCAGAAUCAUUUGGAUACAGCCCAAAAUGCAUUACAAGAUAAACAGCAGGAGUUAAAUAAGAUCACUACACAAUUGGAUCAGGUAACUAUAAGGUUGCAGGACAAGCAAGAACACUGCAAUCAGCUGGAAAGCCAACUUAAAGAAUAUAAAGAGAAAAAUCUUUCCUUAGAACAGAAAACUGAAGAGCUGGAAGGUCAAAUUAAGAAACUAGAAGCUGAUACUGUUGAAGUUAAAGCAAGCAAGGAGCAAGCAUUGCAGGAUCUACAAGACCAAAGACAGCUGAGUACAGAUUUAGAGCUCAAAGCCACAGAAUUGACUAAACAGCUUGAAAUAGAGAAAGAAAUAGUAUCCAGUACAAAAUUGGAUCUACAGAAAAAAUCUGAAACCCUUGAAAAGUUUAAGCAAACACUUACCAAGCAAGAGGAAGAAAAAGUAAUCAUUAAGCAAGAAAUUGAAAAUUUAAAAGAAGAUGCAAUAAUGCAGCACAAGGAAUUAAAUAACAGAAUUCAAGCAGCAGAAACAGAACUACAAAAAGUGAACAUGGAGAAAGAAACUCUAAUAACAGAACUUUCGGCAACAAAAGAGAAGUUAUCAGAAGUUUCUGAUUCUUUGAAAAACUCCAAAAGUGAGCUUGAAAAGGAAAAUCAGAAAGGAAAAGCUGUGAUAUUAGAAUUGGAAAAAACUUGCAAAGAAUUGAAGCUUCAACUUCAAGUACAAUCAGAAAACACACUUAAAGAAAGGAAUGAACUGAAAAAAUCACUUGAAAAAGAGAAGGAGACAUCUUCUCAGUUGAAGUUGGAGCUUAAUUCAGUGCAGGGACAAGUCACACUGGCCCAAAAUACAUUGAAACAAAAAGAAAAAGAACAGCAACAACUUCAGGGGAACAUAAAUGAGCUAAAGCAAUUGACCGAACAGAAGAAAAAGCAAAUUGAAGCACUCCAAGGAGAAGUUAAAAUUGCUGUUUCACAGAAGAUAGAGCUUGAGAGUAAACUACAACAACAGUUAACACAGGCAGCACAGGAACUCACAGUAGAGAGAGAGAAACUAUCAGCACUACAGAACACCUAUGGGAAAAGUCAGGAAAAUCUGAAACAGCUUCAGUCUGAUUUCUAUGGGAAGGAAUCUGAGCUGCUAGCCACAAGGCAAGAUCUUAAGUCUAUAGAAGAGAAGCUUUCUCUAGCACAGGAGGACUUGAUUUCAAAUAGAAAUCAAAUUGGAAACCAGAAUAAAUUGAUUCAAGAACUGAAGACUGCCAAGACUUCUUUGGAGCAGGAUUCAGCUAAGAAGGAACAACAAUUAAAGGAGCAGUAUAAAGCACUACAAGAUAUUCAGAAAGAAAAGUCACUGAUAGAAAAAGAACUAGUAAAUGAAAAAUCUAAAUUGGUAGAGAUAGAGGAAAUUAAAUGUAGACAAGAAAAAGAAAUUGCUAAACUCAGUGAAGAGCUUAAGUGUCACAAGCAAGAAAGCAUCAAGGAGGUAACAAGUCUCAAGGAUGCCAGGCAACUUUUGACUCAGCAGAAAUUAGACCUUCAGGGAAAAGUAGAUUCCUUGAAGGCCACUCUUGAACAAGAGAAGAGAAACCAGCAAAUGCUAAACGAGCAGGUGAAAAAGGAAGAAGAUGAGUUGAGGAAACAGUUCACUGAGAAGGAAGUGAAACUGCUUUCUGAGAUAAAAGAAAAAGAAGUAGGAAUCAAGAAGCAUGAAGAAAAUGAAGCCAAAUUUACCAUGCAGAUUACUGCAUUAAAUGAAAAUUUAGGCACUGUGAAGAAGGAGUGGCAGUCCAGUCAACGGAGAGUCAGUGAAUUGGAGAAACAAACAGAUGACCUACGGGGUGAAAUUGCAGUAUUAGAAGCAACAGUGCAGAAUAAUCAAGAUGAAAGGAGAGCACUACUAGAAAGAUGUCUUAAAGGUGAAGGUGAAAUAGAAAAGCUUCAAACCAAAGUAGUAGAAUUGCAAAGAAAGCUGGAUAAUACGACUGCAGCAGUACAGGAGCUGGGCAGAGAGAAUCAGUCCCUUCAGAUAAAACAUACACAAGCAUUGAAUAGAAAGUGGGCUGAAGACAAUGAAGUACAAAACUGUAUGGCUUGUGGGAAAGGCUUUUCAGUAACAGUGAGACGGCAUCACUGCAGACAGUGUGGAAAUAUCUUCUGUGCUGAGUGUUCAGCCAAAAAUGCCUUAACUCCUUCUUCCAAGAAGCCUGUUCGUGUCUGUGAUGCGUGUUUCAAUGACUUGCAAGGAUAGUUGGUUAUCAAACAUCAGAGUAAUACUACACUAAUGUUAGGUUUUUAAUAAAUGCACUUAAUCGAGUACUUGGACUACUGUUUGAUUUGGACAGUGGUUACAAUACUAGACCAAAUUAGAAUUCAUAUAUUUUGGAAUGUUAUCAACAUCAAGUAAAACUCUUCUAUUUUUGUGAGACUUGGGCUCAUUUUUCAUUACGUUUAUCCAUUUAACCCCUGGGACAGCUUUCAUGCCAAGUUUAGAAUUAGCCAAUGAAAUGUAAAUAAACUUUGAACAGAAAAUAGCAAUGUAUUUUUUUAAAUAUAAUUUCAUUGUUCACAAAUAACAUGAAUAUAAUUCCAUAGCUUACGUCUUUUUUCUCCAUAUUUAAGGUAUAAAAAUGUACUUGAAUUGUGUUAUUAUUUGUUGUGUUUUUCUUGCACAAUAACACAUUAUUAUAUAAAAUACUCUUUUUGUGAAGU